AGUGCUGCCAAUCAGUGCAACCUAUCAGUGCCAGUCAGUGCCGUCUAUCAGUGCCCUCAGUGCCGCCUAUCAGUGCCAGUCAGUGCUGCUUAUCAGUGCCACUUAUCUGUGCCGCCUAUCAGUGCCAUAUAUGAGCGCUGCCUUUCAGUGCCCAUCAGUGAUGCCUGCCAGUGCCUGCCUCCUCAUCAUUGCCCAUCAGUGCCACCUAUCAGUGCCCAUCAGUGCAGCCUAUCAGUGCCCAUCACUGCAGCCUCAUUAGUGCACAUCAGUGAAGGAGAGAAAAAUCACUUAUUUACAAAAUUUUAU